AUGAAGACAUUGAGCGGGUAUCUCGAUGAUGCGUAUUCAGCAUGGCUAGGUGCGGCGCUGGGUUGCUGCUCGCCGCAGAGAAAACAGACGCUGAGGCGUGGUCAUGGUCAUGAAGUUGAGAAGCCUAUGAGGAUUGAGCAUUAUCAACCACGUUUGAUACCGUCACCGGUUUCCGAGCCUCAAGAGCGGCCCACGACUAGAGGGAGAGAAUGGCGCGAACGGAGCAGAAGCUUUGCCUCUCGCGCAUCUAGCCGUGGAAGCUUCUCUGUGAGAAGAAAACUGAAUGCGUAUAAUGGACCGCGCCGGCCGCGGAUAAGUGCGCCGUCUGACUUCCGGGUCGUCGAGCAUGCUCUUCCAAAGAUACAGAGGAGGUCCAGAGAGUUCAGACCGCUGGAGUUGAGCAUAUACAUGCCCCAACGCCAGCUGUCACCAAUCCUACCUCAUUUUGGCACAAUGGACGAUGUGACCCACCCCGAUAACAUGAAUGAUUUGACAUAUCCGCCAUCUACCUUCUGCCAUUCGAGAAGCGAGUCUGCUUUAUCCUUCAGCAUUCCUCGAAAAGCAGUGCGUUCAGGUUCCCGGACGUCCUCAGACUGGACUGCACAGUUCCAACCCCGGCCAGAAUCCAUCAACACCCAGGAGUUAUUAGCAAAACUCGAGAACGAUAUGCCCAAGCGCCCAGCACAAGCACGUCUACGAGCAAUGACGGAACCGCCGACUUAUGAGCGGAUCAAAUCGGCUCUCCACGAGAAGUUUGAGCUAGAGCAGCGUUUGAGAGACAUAGAUGAGGUGAUCGAAGAGCGAAAAAGCAUCUACUUCAAUAGUCGCCCCACCAGUCGAGCGACAUCUCGACCCCGGAGCAUCUAUUCAGAAUCACAAGAGCCAAUGCCCAGUCCUCCAGCUAUGAAGCCCUCCUUUGCAACCCGUGUUGCUUCUCCAGCCUACAACCAACGCCCACAAACCGCCCCUUCAAAAGCAAUCCACAUCCCGUCCCGUCUGAAAUCCUUCACCGAAGCUUCCUCCACGUUUACCCCGGAAGUCCCUCCACCACCGCCACCCAAAAGCCCCCUCCGCUCCCUACCACAGUCGCCGCAGGAUACUAUCCUACCACCACCACUUCCCCUCGUGCUGCAAGCACCGCACCCGCCCCUUCGGAAGAAGAAGUCCUUCUCCCGCGUAUCGAACUGGUUAUCCCGCUCAACCGCUGCCGAGGCGCCUCAUUCCCGGAACCUAUCCCUUGACUCUGUGACCAACACACCAAAACCCGUCACAUCGAGAGAGGGCUUCUACCAGUGCGUUGAUGUGGCGAACCAGGGUUCUUAUGGCUACGGCUAUGAUGCGAGGAGGAAUAGCGUGGGGUCUGUGAGCACAGUCAGUACCCUUGAGAGUGAUGUCGAUGACGAUGACGAUGAGGAUGAGUCUGCGAAACAGAGCGCCACGAUUACCCCCGAGUCGAGCCCUGGGAGAGUGAAGGGCAGGGGUUUCGAGCCGCAGAGAGAAAUAGAGAAGAGUAUAGAACUAGAGAGGACGAGGACGUUCGGGGAGAAGCAGAUGAGGGCCGAUGAGAAGUGGAGGAUGGAAACGCCGAUCGAAACGGGACUUCAUAUCCCCGGACGGAAUAGUGUGGGCGUUGCGUUUUGA